AUGGAACCUUUGAGCCCCAAUGAUCUGGUUGAUGUACUUCGUUUAUCUUCACAAAGGGAACACGAGCUUUUGACAUGGACUACUAACAAACUCAAUAAGAAGAAUGAGUUUAAUGUACAAACUACAAACCACAUCAAGAUACAACUUCGCCAAUUGAUUGAUGAUUUUGCCAACGACCGAGAAUUUACAAUUAAUCUGUCACUCGUAAUGUGCCGGCAGAUUUCAAGCCUGUAUACUUGGAGCAUGAAAAGCCUUGCGGAUAAUGAUUUUUACGAUGAUGCCCUUUAUUUGGCAAGCAUACUGUGUGAGGAAGACCUGUCGCAGGCGAAGACAAAAAAAAAGAGCAAGACUAAAUCGUACGCGUAUUCACCGGCUAAAUUCUUGAGUGUUGUGUGCCUCAUCCAUCUCAUCGAGUUCCGUCCGCAACAGCUUGCAUCUCUGCUGCCUUUGGUGUUGCCUGACGUGUUAAAAAAUAUCAAAAAAGCGCAAGAAAAGGAGAAAUACAUGCAUGCGGUCUUUUUAACUCAAUUGAUGCUGCUAGUCUCAGUCGCUUUCAAAAACUCGGCACAGAUAGAUCCUGCCAUAACGACAAAGUUCACCAAAAUUGCUAAGCAUGCUCUAGACCGUGUGAAGACAGAUGACCAAAUGCUUCCUAAAUCCUUCUUGAACGCCAUUAUUCACACAUACGCGUACCUUUACAAAGACCUCACAUUUGUAGAGACUCAGUCUUCAGGCUCACCACUCGAAACUUUGAAAACUAAAUUCUUUCUUAAUGGAUAUGGUUUGUACGGGCUUUCCUCCGAUGAGCUGCGUCAGGAAACUGCCACAUGUCUUGGUGAAGUACUAAACAAUUGGUGUUCUGAAAGAAAGGUAGUGUCUCUGAACGAUGUGCUCGACUUCUUCAGUGACAUCUUUGUGACCAUCCCAAAUCGUUCCGUAAGAGCCGGCACCUUUGAAGCUUUGGCCCACUUUCUAGGCAUCACUUUAUCUGAACAUGGCAAAAUGCUGGAAGAUAGCGCAUACCUGCAUAUCAUCUCAAGAGUCGCUUUUUCAAUAUUCACAAAUCGGGCAAUAAAAGAACAAAAGCUCGACAACAUAUCGAAGUACAUGAAGUUUUUCGAAACCUUGCACCUGUUAUUUCUGCGCUAUUUUCCAGAGUCUGGGAGGCUGCUCAUGCUAUAUUCGAUUUUCGAUUGUGAGAAGGACAACUCAACGUGUUUACUAGAAGACAGAGAAGGUGAGGUCUUUUUCCCAACAAUUAUUUUCUUGAAGCUCGCCGGCAUUUUGAUCGAUGACCUCUCUUCUAUGUUCAUAACGAACAGCCGAAACCUUCUGGUGAUGAAAUCCAAAUUGUUAGAACUGUCUACCAGUAAUAACUUUCAAAUUCGAGUUCAUGCAAGCCAAUGUCUCCAGACAUAUCUGAGGCAUGCACCGCACUUAAUCCCUGAUAUUCUACAGUCUUCAUUAGACUCACUUACAAAUGAACUUUUCUCGACCUCCGCACUAUCUUUUUCUAAGUGCCACGGGUAUACAUUCUUACUCGCAAACCUCUUCCGUGUUUGUGAUCCGGAGUACGUCCCGAGCGAAUUGGUAAUGAGAGUGAACAUAUUUGCUACAACAAUUUUAAAAGACCAUCCACCAAGUGGUGGAUUGGCCUCAUAUAACAAACAGUUAUUCUCGUGGAUUUUGCUUUGUGGUUUCAUGAACUAUAGCGAUAUGGAUUUACUGCGAGUUCAGUCAUCACAGUUGUUUCUUUUUUGGAAAGGAAUAUUGGCGCACAGCUUUUCUUACCGAGACGAAGACGAGCUCUAUAAAAAUAUUGAGCUAAGAAAUCAUGCACUUGCAUGCUUGCUGGCCUAUCUAAACAGAAUUGAUUUAAAUGCCGACAUCGCGAAACAGGUGUUUUUCCUGCUGACAAAAUGCUCCACUUUCAACAAUUCAAUUCAACUCAAAAAUAAAUCCAUUGAUAACGUACUGCUGCAAAAUGAAAACAGAAUACUCCAGACGUACCUCAAGGUUCAUGAGUUUGUUAAAAAAGAAUUCAAUAGCGCCGUCUUAAUCCUCAUUGUCAAGAAUUUUGCAGACCCCAAUUUGUAUUAUGAAGCACACCGUCCCGUGCUCGAUAACAUCUCCGUGAGCGCUGACGGCUAUUCAAGACGAAAUGUCACCGAUUCAGAAGGCCUGAAUCUUCGGUCUUUGUUAUGUGAUGAAUCAGGAUUUGGCUAUGGACUGUCAAGCAAGAUUUACGAUUUUAAUAUCGACGAGCUGAAUAUUAAAACAGGAUCUAACUUUACCCCCAGGUCCCUGAAACCCUAUGAAGGAGACAGUGGAUACUGGUUUAGUCCUUAUGAGAGUGAGGUAUACACGCCGAUAUCCUCUGUUUUAUCAUAUGAUAGUCUCAUCCUUUUGUAUGGAGCAGGUGGGUAUACUAGCAGAGAUAAAUACUCUCCUCGUGUGACGACGUCUAUUGUGAACUCCUCCAUCGAAGUUUUCAGUCUCAUUUUCCCAUACCUUAACGAAAAAAUACAGUACUCUGUCUUGGAAAGCAUGAAUUCUUCUCUGUUUUCAAAAAAGACUGUUACUAUGAGGUCAAUAGCUAUUGCUUCGAACUGUUGUGUAGCUCUUCUUGGUGCUUUGGAGAUAAUCCAAGGCAAAGACCUGAAACUCCAGCCUCCAGUCGCAAAUUUAAUGCUCAAGAUGCUGAAAGGCAUACCCUUUCUUGAAGACGAGUUCAUGACCAGACUGAAAGCCGAAUGCGCCGGAUUGAUUAUUUCGUCCACUACUUUUGCUAAUGAUCCUGACGCCGAUCUCGAGGUCGAGUAUUUUCCUGACGUUUCAGAUGUGAUGAUCAAAGAUAUUCUGGACCAUGAUGAUCCUUUCUCGAGAGUCUUUAACAUUUUGAGUAUAUGCCGUGCUUUUAAACAGAAACGUCGGAAGCUCAAUUUCCGGACUACAUUGGACCUUGUGGAGAGCUUAAUCAAAGACCCGCACCCAAUCGUUCAUACUUGGUCGGUUGAAGCUCUUUCGAUACUCAUAGAGGGCGCGUCGAUAUUGGACGUUUCAACAGCCUCUAGGGUCCUUCACCUUCUGGAACAUCUUGUCCUUGAUGAAAAGUAUGGUAAAAACUCCACCGCGGCUUGGGGUCUAAAUUACAGCCUCAAGUUCGAUUCCCAGCUAAUUAUGGCAAAGACUGUAUUUGCCAUAACACAGCGUUUGGGACCCGAAUUGGAAAUGUUAUCCCCCUCAACCAUGGAAGAAUUUAAUAAUCUUGUUUGCGUAAUGGCAGGCUCCUGUGACAGCAUUGAGCAUUAUUAUGCAAUUUGUACGGUCACCCACUUAUCAGCUUUUAAGAUGCUCGAUAUUGUCAAUCCUAUUGAGUUUGUUCCAUCGGCCAUGACUUUUUUGGAGCGUGCGUUUUCGAUAAGUCUCUAUCCCUGUUCAAACUCCGAAUUGUUCAAUGAAAACAUUCCUGACCAUCGUGGGCCAUACAACGAAUUGUUGAUUGAAGCCAUUUUUGAAUUCAUGGGGCAACUUGUUCGGCUAGAUUUAAUUGACGAAACAUUCGAGGAUGUUGAAAAUACGGUGUGGCGCUAUUUUUCGAUUUUCUCCGAUUGCAAAGGUCCGGAAAUAUUCUUGAAUGAAUGGUUCGUUCAUACGUGUAGUUUAACUUUGUCUUGGUCGAACAAACUCUACAAUCUUUUCUUUAUGACUAGGCAAAAGUUGGCAAAUUUGGACAGGAUCCGGAAAGGGCCGGAGCAGGAUGCUCGGAAAACCGCCGAUGAAACUGGAGGAUUUUUAUCGAGGUCGGAAAUAAUCGACGUUGAAGAGAAGGCUUUUACUUCUGAGUUUGGGGCAGCGUCGAAGGUUGAUGCGCUGUCGUGGCGGUUUAGGUUGUUCAUCUUGGAUCUCAUGGCAAGGUUGUUCAACGGAGGAGCAAGCAACAAGUUGGUUUCAUCGUUGGGAUCGAAGCUUCAAAAAGUCAUUAAACUGUGUUUUACGGCCUCAGCUAUGAAAAAUCCACACAUGAAAAGAAGAGGGAUAGAGUUACUAGGUGCUGUUCUGGAGACAUUUUUAACCUUAGGGCAUUCUACCGGCAUAUCCAGUCUUCAUGAAGAGGAAGCCCACAUUAUCAGCGCCCUAAUGCCUGCUUUUGAAGAGGGAAGCUCCCCUGUUAUUCUACCUAUUGCUAUUAAUACUUGCGCACAGUAUUUGUGUCUGUGUUAUUCGGAUUCGAAGAGAAGUUCAAGAGCGGUCGAGAUAUUAGUGGAUUUGCUUGCCAAGAUAAUGGAGAAACCAGACACGUUUAGCUGUGGUGAGGUGAAAGUUUGCACACCAACUUGUAAAAGCAAGGUUGAGGUCGCCGUUUUGAAUUCUUGGGCAUUGGUUACCCUAGCAGCAGUUAAGAAACAGAAUAGCGAUCUGAUAGAGUUGUCGCGGCCGUUUUGGAAUACUCUCACUCCUUUGUGGAUAAUUUUCUUACGAGAGUUUAUAAGUUCUCGAAAUGUGGAGACCAGUAAUUCCGCAAUUGCUGUCGCAGUGGAUGGCGCCAUAGCAGAUCGAGAAAUGUUGGCAUAUGAAAGUGUGUGGAUUAACUUCACAGAAGCAAUCUGUGCUGUCUACUCCGAGAGCAAAGAGACCCUUUUAUCUUGUUUAACAGAAGAUGACCUCGAAAGUUUUGUCUUUGUUGUUUACGCCCAUUCUUUGCAGCACUUGACUUUAAACUUCGAGGACGAGAAGUCCAGAUUGAGGACCCUCGAUGGUAUUCGUAAUAUCGUCACGAUUGAUACCCCAUGUGCGGAAUUAUUCAGCGAUGAUAACAUUGAAGAGGCGGUAGAAGUGUUUGAAAGAAUUGUUUUGACGGGAAGCAGCCUUCAGCUGUUCAAACUUGUUGAUGUUAUCGAAGGACUGGCCUUGAGAUAUUUUGAGACAUUAAGUGAUGGCCCUGAGUUCCUUGAAUGUGCAGGUAAAAUAUACCUUCUUCUGAGGGUAGUCAUGAUGAUCAUCACCUUCAAACUUCCUUUUCUUAAGGGCGAUGUUGCAGAGCAGUCAUUGCGCGAACUCGGCUCUGAAGAAGUUUCGCUGCUAAACAAAUGCUUUACCUCUAUCUCAAAGCUGCUAUGCAAGUUUCCAGUCGAGUUUAGAAUGGAUCUUUCUGCCUGUAUGUUGUUUGUUGCGGGGCAAGUUUUUGAAUCUAAUGAGCGGGACACUAUAGCUCCAGGAAUUCUGCCGUUACUCGAGCAGAUAACGAAUAUUUCAGAUCCAAGUGAAGAAGAGAAGAAUCUCAUCGUCAUAUUCUUCAAGGCCGAAAAGGACUCGAUUCUCAAAAAACUUCCAACAGACUUGAGUUUGUCAGUACUAUUUUUACUCCAAGGAUUCGACAGAUCUUCUCUAACUGACUCAGAUGUCAACUCGAUUGUUGAUAUAAUGAAGUCAAGCUUGAUCAAGGGCACAUGUCCCAUAACGACGUUAUCGCUCUUCGGUGUAUAUUUGGAUCAAAGAACUGAUUCUGUUAGUUGUCGAGAAAUUGUGCGUCGUUUUGUCGCCUGGCUUUUCGCUUUCCUUCAAGAUAAAGGUAAACCGGCAGAUUUCAAGAAAGUCAAGUUAGGUAUCGAAUUGUUGAUGUCUUUCACCAAGACAAUUUGUGAGAAAUCGACGGACGUUCAGGCUUCUCUCCUAACUCUUGUGCUUUCCGUUCUACUGUCCAUCUAUGGUACCAGAAUUGACGGACGAAUUUUUAUUGUGACCAAAAUCACCGAACUGUUCCAACUAUUCACCGACACUUGUAAAAACGUUGUCACCCACCGUCUUGACGAUAAUUAUAAGAACCUUUUUUCAAAAGUUGUCGCAGCAUCUAGCGAUGCUAACCGCGAAAACCCGUUGCCAAAUUCCAAUCAGAUACAACUCCGAUCUUUUGUGUAA